AUGGGCACCAAACAACUCCAAAUCUGCAGUGACUCUCAGUUAGUUGUCAAUCAGAUAAAUACCGAAUUUGAAGCUAAAGACGAGUUGAUGGUUGCCUACUUAGCACAUACCCACCGAUUGCUCAAGCAAUUCAGCACAUACCAAAUUCGACAGAUCCCAAGAUCUGAGAACAACCAAGCCAAUGCCCUUUCACGAUUAGCAUCCGUGAUCGACGACCGAGUAGGGCAUCACAUACCAAUUGAGGUUCUCACUCGGAGCAGCACUACUGAAGCUGAGAUACAUGAUGUUUGGCAGAACCCAAAUUUGUGCUACUCAAAUCAGCCUGAGGGGAUGAGGCAACAACAACAGGAGCAAAGCCUAAGCGCAGAUACAUGA